AUGACUCUUCCUCUUCUUCCGGGUCACACAUUCCCCGACCCAACACAAACACGCUUCCACAAGAGCCAAGCUCUUGUUUUUGAGAAUGGUGGCAUGGCCAUUCACGAGAAUGCUCCCGGCAUUGGCGGCACACUUCUUCCAGGUCAGUUACCACCAAAAGAAGCCAUUAGCAGCACAACAAUCUACAAUCAAGCUAUGGGCGACAGCAACCAAGAAGGAGAAACAGUUCCUGCUUGGGUUGCCUUUGGUUCACAAGUAUUACGUUUUUACGGCUACUUCAAGGAGCCCGUUUUCAGCAGCCAGGAGGAGACAUAUCGCGUUCGCAAAGUUAAAAUCUUAUUCUUCUUAGAAGAUGAUACCAUCGAAAUUGUCGAACCACGCGUUAAGAACAGCGGCAUUCCACAAGGCACAUUCCUUCGCCGUCACCGUGCCAAGAAGGACGAUGAUAGCUAUGUUAAUGUUGGCGACUUCCACAUUGGUGAAGAAUUUUCACUUUACGGUCGUGUUUACUUCAUUCAGGAAGCAGACAAGUUCACACACGAAUUCUUAGACAAGCUUAAUCGCGACGGUCGCACUGAUGAGACAAUUCCAGACGAUCCAUACAUCCAGAAGCGUACUCUUGUUGAAUACAACGAAACACACCGUAACAGAGGUGUUCCUAAACCAGAGAUGCUUAAGCUUCGCCAGUUCCUUGCCAACGAUGGCCAUGUUCUUCGUUUCUACGCUACAUGGGAUAACCGCGACCGUCCAUUCGGUGAUUUGAGACAGUUCGUUAUCCACUACUACUUGUCUGACGACACCAUGGAAGUUCUUGAAGUCCGCCACCAAAAUGAUGGUCGUGAUCCAGUUCCAUCCUUUGUCAAGCGUGGCCAGAUUCCAAAGCGUCUUCUUUCUCUCAGCGAAAACGAUCCACGUUUCCUUCCAGCCGAGAACUACUUCCGUCCAACAGAUCUUCACAUUGGCGACGACAUCCAGAUUCUUGGCCGUACAAUGCACAUCUUCGACUGCGAUCCAUACACACGCAACUGGUACAUUGAGAACAUGGGCUACAGUGCAGAAGAAAUGUCACCUGUUGCACAAGAAACAGUUGAAGACAAGCCAACACAAGUCAAAUUCGAAGUUCCACCUCCAUCUCUUAUUGGCAGUGAUGAAGACACACUUAGAUCAUGCAUCUCCCUUCAUCCAAAGCCAGCACCAAAGGACCAAGUCAAACUUCUCAAGCACAGCAACGACAUUCUUCGUUUCAAGUGCCACAUGGUCACACGCAACAGCGUUGAUGCAAGCCGCAGCUUCAUUCUCACAUACUUCAUGGCUGAUGACACAAUCCAAGUCUUCGAACCACCUGCUCGUAACAGCGGUAUCAUUGCAGGUAAAUGGCUUCAGCGUACUAAACUCACUAAUCCAGAUACAGGAAAACCAUUCCAAGCCAGCGAUUUCGAGAUUGGAAAAGUCCUUACAAUCAACUGCAGCAAGUUCCAACUUGAUGAAGCUACUGAAUACGCACUUUCAUUCAUGGAAGCAGAUCCAGACAGCUUCCCACAGGCAGACUUGAACCGUAUUGUUACAGAUUUCCGCGCAGGUCUUAAGCAGAGUGGAAAAGAUGCAACUGAUUUGUUCAAGAAGUUCGCUAGUAACAACAAGAUCGAUGUUAAAGGUCUUCAGUCUAUCUUCGAGGCUAUUGGUCUUAGCAUCAAUGUCCAUGAAGCUAUCACAAUCUUCCGUCGUUACAGCACUGAAUCAAAGCCAACAUCACUUAAUAUCCGCGACUAUUUGUCAUUUGCCCAAUAA